AUGGCUACCAUAAGGUGUUUGCUAGCUGUUGUUGCUGGGAACCAAUGGUCAUUGUUUCAAUUAGACAUAAACAAUGCUUUUUUACAUGGUUCACUUGAUGAAGAAGAGGGAGAUGAUAUAUGCAUUGCUGUUGUUUAUGUUGAUGACAUAAUCUUAACUGGGUCAAAUCAAGAUAUUUUGAUUGAUUUGAAGUCUCAUUUACAUGACACAUUCAGUAUAACGGAUUUGGGAGAACUGAGCUACUUCCUGGGAAUUGAGGUUUCAAGAUUGUCUACUGGCAUCAUUCUGAGUCAGAGAAAAUUCACUAGAGAGUUGCUGGAGAUAUGUGAAAUGGAUGUUUCAAGAUCAACAAAGACCUCUCUUCCUAUUAGUGUGAAACUUUCAGCAACUGAAGGAGAUUUGUACCAGGAUCCAGAACACUAUAGAAGUCUAGUUGGUAAACUGAAUUUUCUCUCACACACUAGGCCUGAUAUAUCUUUUGCAGUCCAGACUCUCAGCCAGUUCAUGCAAUGUCCAAGGUUGGCACAUGUUAAGGCUUUGCAGCAUCUUUUGAGGUAUGUGGCUGGAACAAUUGGUCAAGGCUUAUUUUUACAGGCUGCUAAACAAGUCACUCUUCAAGCUUAUUCAAACUCAGAUUGGGGAGCUUGUAUAGACAGUAGAAGGUCUAUUACUGGUUAUCUGAUGAUGCUUGGAAACAGUCUCAUUUCAUGGAAAUCUAAGAAACAAUCAAUUGUUUCUAAAUCCUCAACUGAAGCUGAGUACAGGGCAAUCGCUGCUGCAGCCUCGGAAAUUGUUUGGCUUGUGAGAUUGUUUAUUGAUCUGGGAGUUACUAAUCUCACACCGGUCAAUUUGAAUUGUGAUUAUCAGUCAGCAAUUCAUUUGGCUAAGAAUCCUGUUAUGCAUGAAAGGACAAAGCAUAUUGAAAUUGAUUGCCAUUUUACCAGAGACAAGGUGUUGGAAGGAUUGAUUGAGUUGUCUUAUGUUCCUUCUGAUGGUUAG